GCAGUGCAGCCCAGCCCCUUAAUACACAAAAGGGAGGAACCCAUCACACGGACGCUGUUAUAGUGAAAAAUCACAAAAAUAAUCGCCUAAAUAGGAAAUAAAACAGUAUUUUCCGUUGUGAAAAUGUCGUACAUACCCGGUCAGCCCGUCUCCGUGGUUGUGCAACGAAUUGAAAUUCAAAAAUUACGAGAUGGGGAUAAUUUAAUAUUAGGGUUCAGCAUCGGAGGAGGAAUUGACCAGGAUUCGAACCAGAACCCAUUCUCUGAAGAUAAAACGGAUAAGGGAAUCUAUGUAACACGUGUGAGUAAAGGUGGACCUGCAGAGGUGGCUGGCCUCAGGAUCGGAGACAAAAUCAUGCAGGUGAAUGGGUGGGACAUGACAAUGGUCACACACGAUCAGGCACGAAAAAAACUCACCAAGAAGAACGAAGACGUGGUCAGGCUUCUUGUCACUAGAAGAUCUCUGGAGGAUGUAGUUAGACAGUCCAUGAUGCAACAACCAACACACUAAUUGAAACAAAUGAAUGUGGUUAUGGGUUUAUCACGUGUUUUGGAGCAUGUUGUUUUAAUAAAAAAAUGAACAUCUUCCCUCAGCCAAAGAGUGAUGCCAAGAAAUCAUUUCAGACUCUCAUAAUGAACUACAAGAACUUUUCAAUCAGUUACCUCGGUUGUUAUUAUGUUUUUAAUGUAUUGAACUCUGAACCAACAUAUGCAUCUCUAUAAUUACUACUCUCUUAUAGGAAAGUAAAUGCAGUAUAUGCAUUCCGCAAUUGACAUUACUAAUUUCAUGUGUGUUAUAAACCAUUACGCCUGAUCUAUACUCUUGAAUGUAAUGUGUAUCUCUGCCUGUUAUUAGUAUUUGCAAAAUCAAGCGAUGCAGGAAAUUUAGAUUUUCAGAGAACACAUCUCUACUCAUGUGACCACUAAUUUUAAUGUUAUGUUGUGGGUUGUAACACUUUUUUUUAUUUUAUAAUUCUGUUUUGCAUUUCAUUAAACAAUGUAGCCACAGCCUGAUAUUAGCAUAAUGGCGCCAUUGAAUUAUUAUCGCUUUAACAUCAGCAUCUGCUCCCAGGCACAAUAACACUGCAAUUUUGUAUUUAGCAAUGCUUAUGUUUCUUUUCUCUUCAUAUUUUCUACACUGUUUUGUUUUAAAAAACUUUUUGAUACAGACUUUUUGGCAUUUGAUUGUAUAUUUUCACUUUCCCAGUGAAUAAAAGACUCUUCUAGCA